AUGCCGCCCGUAGGCCGCAAGGCUCCCCGCGCGCUCACCUGUUGGCCUCUUCUGCGUCUGCUGCUCCUGCUGUGGCUGCUGCUGUGGCCGGUAACCCGCGCCCGGACCACGCAGGGAACCCCCAGCGCCUCGACCCGGCCGGACACCUCCAGCGCCCCAACAGUGCCGGGCUCCCCGAGAGCCCCGAGUCUGCAUGAGCGCGCGCGGGCCCUGAUGCGGGACUUCCGGCUCGUGGAUGGCCAGAACCACCUGCCCCUGCUCCUGAAACAGCAUUUCCGGAACAAGCUACAGGAGGUCAACCUGCGCAAUUUCAGCCUUGGCCAAACCAGCCUGGACAAGCUCAGGGAUGGCCUUGUGGGUGCCCAGUUCUGGUCAGCCUAUGCACCAUGCCACACCCAAGACCAGGAUGCUGUGCGCCUCACGCUGGAGCAGAUUGACCUCAUUCGUCGCGUGUGUGCCUCCUACUCUGAACUGGAGCUUGUGACCUCAGCCAGAGGACUGAACAGCACUCAAAAGCUGGCUUGCCUUAUUGGUGUGGAGGGUGGUCACUCACUAGACAGCAGCCUCUCUGUGCUGCGCAGUUUCUAUCUGCUGGGAGUACGCUACCUGACACUCACCUUCACCUGCAACACGCCCUGGGCAGAGAGUUCCACCAAGUUUCAACACUUCUACACCGACAUCAGUGGGUUGACAAGCUUUGGUGAGAAGGUGAUAGGGGAAAUGAACCGCCUGGGCAUGAUGGUGGACUUGUCCUACGGGUCGGAUACCUUGGCGUGGCAAGCCCUGAAGGUGUCAAGGGCCCCUGUGAUCUUCUCCCACUCAGCUGCCAAGGCUGUGUGCGACAAUAUGCUGAAUGUUCCCGAUGACGUCCUGCAACUUCUGAAGAAAAAUGGUGGCAUUGUUAUGGUGUCGCUGUCCACGGGGGUGCUGCCGUGUAACCUGUUUGCUAAUGUGUCCACCGUGGCAAAUCACUUUGACCACAUCAGGGCUGUCACUGGAUCUGAGUUCAUCGGGAUUAGCGGAAACUAUGAUGGGUCUGGCCGGUUCCCUGAGGGGCUGGAGGACGUGUCCACAUACCCGGUACUGAUAGAGGAGUUGCUGAGGCGUGGCUGGAGGGAGGAAGAGCUGCAGGGUGUCCUUCGUGGAAACCUGCUGCGGGUCUUCAGACAAGUGGAACAGGUGAGAGAGGAAAACAGUGGCCAGAGCCCUGCGGAGGAUGAAUUUCCAAACAGGCAGGUGGGCAGGUCGUCCCACUCCCACCUGACUCAGCCUCAGAAUGAACACCUGGCCGCACACCAUGUGGGAAACAAGUGGCCAACCAAUCAGGCCUUCCAGAGGCCCUCAAAAGCCUCCCCACACGUCGUUCUAGGCCUCAUGGCUGCUGCCACCUUCUCAAUCCUCAUCCUAUGGCUCUAGUGACCUGGCCAGUCCUCCAGAGGUCACUGUGUCAAAG